AUGGAUACGGAUGUUCACACUGUAAUUCGUGCUGGAAUUUUACUUGAUGUUCAUCAAAGAUAUAUUUUUUGGCAACUUUUAUGCGCAUUGAAAUUUAUUCAUUCAGCUGGUGUUAUACAUCGAGAUCUAAAACCAUCUAAUAUGCUCAUAAAAUCAGAUUCCACAAUAAAAGUUUGUGAUUUUGGUUUGUCGCGUUGCAUCAAUGACAUGCAUAAAGAUGAGCUUCUUACAGAUUAUAUUGCCACAAGAUGGUAUAGAGCACCAGAAAUCUUAUUUGGCUCAUCGAAAUAUGGUCCUGGAAUUGACAUGUGGGCAGCAGGCUGUAUUCUAGCUGAAUUAGUGGGAGGACGACCUUUAUUCCCUGGAGCUUCUACUAUGGAUCAGCUUGAACGUGUAAUCUCAUUUACAGGAAUGCCAAAUAAAGAAGAUAUCGAAUCAAUGGGUUGUCAAAUGGUUGAAACAAUGCUGGGGAACUUGACAUUUUCUAGGCCACAACUUGUUUUAGAGGAAAGGCUUUCACAUGCCGAUCCAAACGCUAUCGAUUUAAUUAAAAAGCUUUGCUCUUUUAAUCCUAAUAAAAGACCAUCAGCAGAACAAUGCUUAGCACAUCCUUACUUAAAAGACUUUCAUUUUGAAAGUAGAGAAGUUUCUUCUUCAAUUAAAGUUAAAAUGGCUUUAUGCGAUGCGAACAAACAUACAAUUCGCGAAUAUAGAAACCAAAUUUAUAAAGAAGCAGUUACGAGUCCAGAAAGAGGAUUAUUAAAGAAGAAAGGAGAAAAAUAA